CUCUCUAUCUAUGCUUUCCCUGAUUCUUAUCCUCUAACAGCCACACGAACGAGAGCUCCAUGACAGCAGCAGCCGCGUCCGAGGAAAUCCACAGCUCGCCGCCAUCGGACGUCGCCGUCCGUGCGAAGUGCCGCCGCCCGAACCUCCCACCACAGCACGCCGCAAUGGAGGCCGACCGCCCAUGGCAUCGCCCGAGCUCACCUCCCAGCCGUCAUUCUCCUUUGAAUUCGUCGGGAUCCGGCUGGAUCCGGACGCCAGCGCCCCGUUCCUACCUCCCCACCUCGCUUGGGUCGUCGGCCAGCUCGACGAUGUCAGACUGCUCGCGGGAUCCAGCGCCACCGCUGGCUGGCCACUUCCUCCUGGAGGAGACGCCCACACAUCGGCGCCUCCCCAUAUGAGCAGCAGCAGCGAACGCCUCGCUAAGGGCAUCUCUGGUGGUGUUUUUUAUAAAUUGUUUUAAAGAAGUUUGCCAGAUCUGUGACUGAAAAACAAUGGCGUUGAACUCCGAUUGACGUCCCGCGAAGGCUGGCGGCGCUUGAUGUGGUGGCUGGAGAAUAUCUCUGGGCAAAACAGUAGGCCAGAUCUAGGGGGGGGGGGAAUCUGUAAUUCCAAGUUUUUGGUUGUGUAUUUCUUCCUUUUGGUAAAAAUAAAAUUUAGUUAUCUAGUAUGUUUAUGCAA